UCUUGGAACUGUCAGCUUCAUACACUUCUAUAGUAGGAGCUGAUCAACAAGAGGCCAAGAUGUCGUGGGCGUGUGAUCCGGCGCUGACCGCCAACAUCGUGAACAGUUACCAGACAGUUGGUCCACUGUUCAUGCAAACACUGCAGACGUUCUUCGCUGCCCAGUGUGCGCUGGUCGGAGACCACUUGUGGCCCGCUGACGCCAUCGACAAGGUUCUUGAAGACCCCUACUACGACUUCAUAGUUGUGGGAGCAGGGUCAGCAGGAUCAACACUCGCCCAUCGACUGAGUGAGGUCCCAGAAUGGAAGGUUUUACUCGUAGAAGCUGGAGGCAACCCUACCCUGAACACCGAGAUUCCCCACCUGUUCUACAACAAUAUGCGCAGUCCUCAAGAUUGGGCCUACAAGACUCAGCCUCAAGAAGGUGCUUGCAGAAGUUACACAGCUAAGGGAUGCGCCUGGCCCCGUGGUAAAGCACUCGGUGGCAGCAGCAGUAUUAACUUCAUGUUCUACGUCAGAGGAAACAGGGCUGACUACGACGAAUGGGCAGCUGAUGGUAACUACGGAUGGAGCUACGAUGAAGUCCUCCCUUACUUCAUUAAGAGUGAGAAAUUCACUGGAAUUUACAAUGAACAGAACAAGAAAUACCACAACUGGGAGGGUAACCUCAAUGUAGCCGUUGACAAAGAGUCUCACGACUUCGAGCACAUGAUCAUCAACGCCGCUGUUGAACUUGGAUUAAAGAACUCAUCUGACAUCAACGGUGAAAGCCAAAUGGGAGUUAUGACUUCGCAGACUACAACCAAGGAUGGAACUAGGUUCAGUACCGCUCGUGCUUUCUUGAACCCAAUCAAGGACAGGAAGAACAUCCAUGUCAUCAAACACGCGCAAGCCACCAAAGUUCUGUUCGUGCCUGGAACCAACAUCGUUAGCGGUGUCAUGAUUCACAAAGAUGGAAAGGAUAUCGUUGUAAACGUUAAGAAAGAGUUGAUCCUGUCUGCUGGUGCCAUUAACUCGCCACACAUCUUGCUGCUUUCUGGUAUUGGACCCAGGAAGCACUUGGAAGACAUGAAAAUCGAAGUUAAGGCUGACUUGCCCGUUGGAGAAAACUUACAGGACCAUUUAUACGUGCCCACUUUCUACACUAAGCCUGGAGACAAAAACUACUACUCUAUCGAAAAAAUUGUCAAGAACUUUGCCCAAUACGUCUUGGAAGGUACUGGACCUCUGAUCAACACUAGCCCCAACCGUGUCAUCAGCUUCAUCAACACCACUGACCCAGAAUCACCUGCCUCUGACAUGCAGUUCCACUACUUCGUCCUGCCUCCUGGUGUGUACAACGUGCUUGACAUUUUCCAGAAGCACGGAUUGAACGAUGAGGCAUACAAUAAGUUCAAGAAAAUGAACGAAGACCAAUACACGUUGGUGAUUUACAACACCUUGUUGAAGCCUAAAUCUGCUGGUAAGAUUCUAUUGGCUAGCAAGAACCCAUUCGAGGCUCCUCUGCUAUUCGCUGACUACUACAAGGACCCCGAAGAUAUGGCUACCGUUAUCAGGGCGAUGAAACAACACUCUCUGAGAUUGGGUGAAACCAAGGCUCUUAAGGAGGCUGGAUUCAAACUUGACUGGUUGGACAUUGACGCUUGCAAGAAAUUCGACAAGAGCAGCGACGACUACUUGGACUGCAUCUCUCGGGAGCUGACCUGGUCCUUGUACCACCCAACCAGUACCGCUAAGAUGGGACCUGAUGGUGAUGAGACCUCAGUCGUUGACCCCGAGCUGAGAGUACGCAAAGUAAAGGGAUUGAGAGUGGUUGACGCCAGUAUCAUGCCCUCUGUUAUAAGAGGCAACACCAACGCGCCCUCCAUCAUGAUUGGAGAGAAGGGAGCUGACAUGAUCAAGAAGUUCUGGCUGAACAAACGCACCGAACUGUAAAUAAUUCAGUAAAAGUACAUUUAAAUUAGUUGCUUGCUAUUCCCUGCAAUAACAACGAGCUCAAUUAAAUUAUCUUUGUUAUAAUAAAUGCCUGUUAAGUUAUUUAAGAAAUAAAGUGUUACGGUUU